CUGGGGCCGCUGCCGACAGUGUGCUGGGCUCGGACUCGCUGUCUGUCUGUUUCUGUUUGUCCAUUUAGACUGGCAGCUCAUCGGGAGAGGGACCAUCUCUCACUCUGGCAUGGGCAGCGCCCGGCAAUGGCCCUGGUCCUGACUGGGCCUCUCAGCCCCACCGUAACCCAAAUCAACACUAAUAUGAAUGGUCCUGCUCUUCGGUCUGUGCCAGCGCAAAGCCAGAGGCUGAUAUGGCUCCACCCUCCCUGAUCGGAGCCCGGAUGGGCCCUCCCGGGGCUUGUGCAGCAUAGACCCAGCUGAGUGGUUUGGCUGGGACGUCAUGAACUCGGCCCUCCCUGGAUGGGACUCGAGGAGGCUCUGCCGGACCCAAGAGCAGGUGGCCCGGAACUCGGCGUUGUCAUCCCAGCUGGCAAUGACCUCACCCAGCUCAGAACUUCUCAGCCAUUCGGACCCAAACAGCCGGAUGCCGUUUGGAGCAGAACAUUCCAGGGCUAUUCAGACCACAACAUUCUGGUGCCCCUUGGAUCAAACCGUUGGCUCAGGUCAGUCGUGCUCCUGUCUCUGCUGCCUGCACUGUGAGAGUUGGAGAUUUAGCUGGAGAAUUGGACCAGAACCGCCAUCCCUUCCCCCGCAGAGACCCGGACUUUCUGGCUAGUGCUGGGACAGAGACCCCAGCAGGUUUCGAGGACUGUGACAAGCACCAGCCUUGGCCCGAGUCCCCAGAGCCAGGACCAUGGUGCACAACCAAGGGCUUCCUGCCGAGGCCCCAGAGACGAACCUUGGAGCUGCCCAGGACGGGUCAGAGUCGCAGAGAUCAAGGGAGUCGCCCCCUCAUCAGGGCGUCUCUGCCGGAAAGCCUGGUCCUGAGGAAACAGCAGAGGAGGGGGGCUCUGCUCCUGCUGGCCCCAGGGACCAAAGCCAGCAUCCCUCUGUGGUUACAUCGGUCACCAGCCACUCCUCCAUGCGCGGCGUGGAACCCGUGGCCUCCAACCUCCCGUGUGCGCAGCCGCCCUGUGAGUCUCCCGGCUCAGGUGAGAAGAGAAAGCGCUCGGCAGGUGGCAGAGAGGCCGAGGAGGAGGCAGAAGAAAAGGCCCUUUAUUAUAUGAAGGUCCAGGCCGUGAACGGCGUCUCGGUGGCCUGGGAGACCGGGGCCGGCUUUGAAGCCAUUCGGAAGCGGCCUCGGAUCUUUAAGACCAAGUACAUCGGCGGGGAAAGCUUUGCCGGCUCGGACCUGAGCAGCUCCCACACCAAGUCGGAGCUGGGGGAUGUGGACUCGGAGGCAGAGUGCGGCGUUGAGGGGCCAGCAGAGGAGGUGCCGCAGCAGCAGACGGGAGCACCCCCGGAGUGGCUCCUCACCAUUGAGCAGGGUGUGCGGUGCCUGGCCUGCUGCCGAGUCUUUCCCAGCCUGGAGGCCCUGACCCACCAUGUUAAGCAGGGGCUGCGCGAAGGCUUCAGCUGCCGCGUGUACUACCGGGUGCUGGGGCAGCUGAGGGCGAGAGACAGGUCCCAGGGGAGACGGCAACGCGGGGGCCGGGGACGCCAGCCACGCGUCCGGGAGUGCAGCAAGUGUGGGGGACAGAUACGGCGCCCACGCAAGGCUGCCCAAUAGGCCUGGCUAGGCCGUGCCGGGGGGUGCCCAGCUGCUGGCUGAGACCGGAAACGACUCUGCCAGAGCACCCCUGAAGCCACAGGGUGGCGAGUGCCGCCAGCAGCGGGUCCGGGGCACACACGCCAGUCGCUGCCCCCGGCUAGGAAGCCCUGCCCGCUCCCGGCUUGCCAGCCAGACCCGAUCUCCACCUGAGGCCAGGACAACGAGCUCUGGGCCUCGCCGUGAUACGCCCAGGUCCCUGCUUGGGAAAGACCAGCGCUAUGAGCAUCAGGGCUGAGAACUGGCAGCUCCAGCAGCGCCAGGCCAACUGCAUCCCAGCCCAGCACUCCAGACCCGCCCCGGGCUCCCCCGCCCCGGGGCCAACAGGCCGAACCAGAGCUGCCGGACUCCCUCCCCUCCACCAGCCCGGCCGGAAGAGCAACCCGCAGCUCCCACAGCAAGGCCCUGCGGAUGCCAGCAGAGCCCCAGACAGCAACGCCGGGCCCCACCCCUCCACAGGGCUCUGGCCGACCCGGACCAGCCACCAGCGACGGGGAAAGAACUGACGGCAUCAGCCAGCCCUCUCCCUGCCAGGCCCCAGCCUAAAGCCUUGGCCGCCGGCCGCCCAGAGGGAUGGAGGGUCGGUAGCAGAUCCGCGUCCUUAGAGACGCACACGGACUCCAGCCCAUCGACGGGAGGAAGGUGAUGGGAAGACGUCUCUCUGCAGCAUCCCCAGAGAUGGACGCACAGGGUGGCUACAACACACAGCCCCUGAAGGCUGAGCCCUGGCCUCUGCCCCACAGAGCAGCGAGCUGGGAGGCGCCGCCGGCACAGACAUCAGCUAAGUGACUUACUUUGGGGGUUCCCGUCGGGGCGGGGGGAUGCCCUGGGGUCACGGAGCGUCUCAGGGGCUUGUGAGCUGGGCAGGGAGCUACAUGGUCUGGGCA